AGUUGGAUGGUGAACUGACCUGUAUUGACCGCCCAGAUGGACUUUUUCAUAGGAAACCCUUUCUCUACGCGUGUAGGACAGCUUGUAGAUCAAGCUACAAGAUCAAGUCUGCCGUCCUCUGAUUGGAACCUCAACAUGGACAUCUGCGACAUAAUCAACAACUCAGAAGAAGGCCCUAAAGAUGCAGUCAGAGCAAUAAAGAAGAAAAUUGUGGGAAAUAGGAAUUUCAAAGAGGUCAUGCUCACAUUGACGGUUCUGGAGACAUGUGUAAAGAACUGUGGCCACAAACUUCAUGUCCUUGUAUCAACCAGAGAAUUUGUGGACACUGUUUUGGUUCGAACAUAUUUACCUAAAAAUGAACCUCCUUUUGUUAUUCAGGAGAAAGUUCUCCGUAUUAUACAGGCAUGGGCUGAUGCAUUCCGUAGUUUUCCGGAUUUAACAGGCGUAGUUUAUGUGUAUGAAGAUCUCAGGAAAAGGGGAGUGAACUUUCCAAAGGCUGAUGUGAAUAGUUUAGUGCACAAUCCUGGAAGGCGUCUUUCUGGAUUAAUAUAUGGACCACCUCUUUCUUCCACCGUCCAAACUCAGUCCCCCCAGCAGACAUCACCCUUGCAGACAACAGAGGGUCCCAUUACUUUAUCCUCUGACCAGGAGGAGAAGUUGAGGACUGAUCUAGAACAUGUUUACAAUAACCUGAGAGUGAUGUUGGACGUGAUAAAUCAGGCAAAUCCUAAAAGGGUUCAGCAAUCAGACACAGAACUUCUGAAGCAGUUGUACACGACAUCUAAGAAGAUGCAGGAGCGAAUAGUGAACCUCGUUCCCAGACUCGCUGACGAGAAGCAGAUUAAGAAAAUGUUGGAUGCCAAUGAUGACAUUAAUGCAGCUUUCACAAAGUAUCACAGUUUUGAGACACUGUGUAACAGACAGAGCACUGAACAGGUGUGGCCAACUGAUGAUCUUAUUGACCUCAACCCUGCCCCUCCACUGUUAAACCAACCCCAGCAAGCAGCACCCACCAGCCAAAUUGUUAGAAGUCUGUCCAGUCAAAUGGCCUGUCUAAGCACAAACGUAGACAACAGUUCUCAAAGAAAAAAGCAGCCUACAGAAGUACUUCAGGAGAGGAACAGUCUGGAACCUUCAGUAUUGAAUGAAUUUGCUGCCGCUAGUGCUCAUACUGGAUUGAUUCCAGUCAAUCAAAAUGACGUGAUGAACAACAUUGAGCAAUGGCUUGAUGAAGAUCUACAAGAAGAUGACCAGGAAGACGACGAUGAGACCAAUGAAGCAUUUGAUAAGUUUUUGCUACAGAGAGUAAGAGCUGCUGAACGUCUUCCAUCUGUGAAAGAAUCAUCCAGUGACCAUAUGCCCUCACAGUAAAAGAUCUUUGAGCAUGAUCACCUAAAUCUGACAGCAAUUAGCUGUAGCACUUAAUAGUUUGGUUUGUAUUGUAAAUAGGUAUUUUAUCUUUGGGUUUUUAAAAAGGGGGAUUUAUCUUUGUUUGUAUGGUGUAAGUUUGCCAGGAAAAAUGAUUUAAAUAUUGCAAAAAAUGCAAUGUUAUAAACGUCAUUAUUGUCCUGUUGGUAAUAGGUGUUAAAAAUAUUUGUAUUUUUUUUAACUAUGGGAUUAUUUAUGUUACACACACACACACACACACACACACACACACACACACACACACACACACAGUGGACCUGUGUACAAGUCUUGGUUCUUACUUCAGCUCUGUACAAUUAUAUUCCAAACUUAGGCGUCACAUGGGCAGCAGCUGAUGUUUAAUCCUCCUAACUGGUGUGUCUGUUCCAUCAAAACUAGCAUCGUUCCACCAUGGGUUUCCAUUAUCUAUGACAAAGAGAUUAGUUUUUAUGAAGUAUAUAUUCUGAAGCAGUUGGGUUUGCUACACAUUUUCCAAGAUCAUCUGAGGUAUCACCUGGGGGAACUUCAAGCUCUAUCAUUGAUACUUGCAUCAGUUCGAGAACCACUGUUUUAGACUUAAUUCUACUGUCGUUUUCAUAGAGGAUAGGUGCCUUAAUACUCAUUUUAAACACUGCACUGAUAUUGAUUUUUGCUGUAUUGGAAUGUUCCCUGUUUUGUACAACAAACAGUUUUAUAAAACGUUGUUUAUUAGAACUGGCAGCUUGUCCAUGACAGAAAGCAGAAAUCAUCAGCCCAAUGUUCUGUUUUAAUGCAUUUCCAAGCCAGCUGAGAUAUAAUCUGAAAUGCAGGAUUGGUAUAUAAUCAGAUUUAACAUCAACACAUUGUUAUUGUGUGUAAAGUUAAAUAAAAUUAUAUAACUGACACAAAUGAGUUAUUAUGGAAAUAUAGAACUUAUUACAUAAUGUAAUACCACAGAAUCAGGUAUGUACCUAGAAAAAAAAUUGAUUGGCUUUAGAAUCGCCAUGUCGUAACAUAUAUUACUUCCUAUCAACCAGUAAAUGUGCCAGACAUUCCCAUGUACUGUAUGUCAUGAAUAAAGCAGAUUACUUUUACUGUCAAUUUUAUUCCUGUUUUUUGUAAGAUUAAGUGGGUCAAAAGUUAAACUGUAAUAGCUUCAGUUGAACGGUAUUGCUCAAGUUGUCUAUUGUAUUAUCAAAGACAAGGUUGACAGGCAUUCUGUUAUAAAAAUAUCAUCACAAGUCUGUUUUCCAGUUUCCAACAUGAAAUUUUGUUUUGCUGCCCAAAAGCAGAAUAAAA